GGCAUCCCCGCAUUCCCCGCUCCCCGCUGUGUUCCUCGGGCCCCGCCGCAUUCCCCGCUCCCCGCCAUGAGCUGGGACGGCGCCGGCGAGGAAGUCCGGCUCCUCCUGGACCUAUGCCUUCAGUGUUUGACAAAGAACUUGUCCAGAUACUCUGCAGAUAUUAAGCCCUUGCCACCCAAUAUAAAGGAUAAACUGAUUAAAUUAAUGAGUAGGCAAGGGCAAAUAACUGAUGCAAAUAUCAGUGAGGUAUUGCACCCUGCUGUGGAGUCUCUGGACCUCCGAGACUGUGAUAUUUCAGAUAAUGCAUUAUUGCAGCUUUAUAACUGCAAGCAGCUGAAAAAAAUCAACUUAAAUUCUUGCAAGGAGAACAGAUUUGGAAUUACUUCAGAAGGAGUCAUAGCACUGGCCUUAUCCUGUCCUUACCUGCGUGAAGCGUCUUUCAAAAGGUGCUGUGAUAUAACUGACAGUGGAAUUCUGGCUCUUGCACUCAACUGCCAAUUCCUUCAAAUAGUGAACUUGGGGAGCUGCUCAGGCAUCAUGGAUGCAUCUCUGCAGGCACUAGGAGAAAACUGCAAAUUUCUUCACAGUGUGGACUUCUCAUCUACUCAGGUAACAGAUGAUGGUGUUGUAGCACUAGUGAGUGGAACAUGUUCGAAGAAUUUAAAGGAGAUACACAUGGAGCGCUGUGUGAACCUGACAGACGUGGCUGUGGAAGCUGUCCUUAGCUGUUGUCCCAAGAUACACAUUUUUCUGUUCCAUGGAUGCCCACUGAUAACAGAUCGUUCCCGAGAUGCUUUAGAGCAACUCAUCAUAUCAAACAAAAUCAAGCAACUAACUUGGACUGUUUACUGAUGAUUUAUGCUGUACAUGUGAGUGUCAAGUUUACAGGUGGGAGAGCUCCUUCAGCAAACAUGCACCUUGGAGAGCUAGCUGGUGACUUUUGUGCCACCAGGUUGCAUCCCUCCUGCUUCCCACUGGAGGUCUCCGUUGCCAUUCCAGUCCUUGCCUGUGAGCCUCGGCUUCCCCAUUGUAUCUCCUCUGAGUCCUGUCUGUCUUUGCAUUGAUCAUACUUCAUCAAGAGGAAAGUUAAACGGUAAUUAAUAUUACAGGGCCGUUGCUCAGGCUUCAAGAAGUGCUGGAUUUGGCUGCUACUUAGUAUCCUUUAGCAAUUUAGUAAUUUGUACAAACCCAGUUUAGGUAAGUCUGUGUUCGGAGUUCUGUAUUCUGGGAUGGUACUUGCAGCUAAAAGUACCGAGCCCAAACAUAACAUUGACACACAGAAAUGUCUGUAAAGUUGGGAGUUUAACAAAAAUCAACAGACAGAACUGGUGAAUGGAGGUGGCAUUAACAUCAGUACAAAUGUACUUUCAAUAGUAACAAAGACCCUCCUUUCACCAUGUACUUUUGCUAAGACUGAAAUAAAAAAUGUAGGUACCUUUCUUCUGA